AUGAAGUCAUUAACCGAGCAUUCGUACCGAACAGAAAACUACCCUCCUCCAUACACAUCCUUACCACCAACACCCCCUCAAACACCCCAAUCAUUCGGCCACGGCGCCCCUUCGAGUUACCAAUUCCAGUACUCUAAUUGCUCCGGAAAGCGGAAAGCACUACUGAUUGGUAUCAACUACUUUGGGCAGGCCAACCAGCUGAAAGGAUGCAUCAACGAUGUGACGCAAAUGUCGAUUUAUCUCAACAGUGCCUACGGCUAUCGUCGGGAGGAUAUGGUGAUACUGACGGAUGAUCAAAGUAAUCCGAUGAGUCAGCCGACGAAGGCAAAUAUCAUUCGAGCGAUGCAUUGGUUGGUCAAGGAUGCGAUGCCGAAUGAUUCGUUGUUUAUUCAUUUUUCGGGACAUGGGGGUCGGACACCAGAUUUGGAUGGUGACGAAGAUGAUGGAUUCGACGAUGUCAUCUAUCCGGUCGACUACAAAGUUGCAGGUCAUAUCGUGGAUGAUGACAUGCACGAUAUAAUGGUCAAACCACUACGACCCGGCGUGCGACUCACAGCUAUCUUCGACUCGUGCCAUUCGGGAACUGCCCUAGACCUCCCAUUCAUCUACUCUACUCAGGGCGUACUGAAAGAACCAAAUCUAGCCAAAGAAGCAGCCCAAGACCUCUUUAGUGCAUUCACCGCAUAUGGAAAAGGCGAUCUAGGCGGCGUUGCCCAAACGGCCAUCGGAUUCUUCAAGAAAGCCUCCAUUGGCGAUUCGGCGCGUGAGAGGAGGAUGAUGACAAAAACCUCUCCUGCGGAUGUGGUAAUGUUUUCCGGGUCAAAAGAUACGCAGACUUCCGCCGAUACAUUCCAAGGCGGACAAGCCAGAGGGGCCCUGAGUUGGGCUUUCAUUGAGACGUUGCGACAAUAUCCAAAACAGAGCUAUCUGCAGCUGCUGAACAAUAUCAGAGCGAAAUUGGAAAGGAAUUAUUCGCAGAAGCCGCAAUUGAGUUGUAGUCAUCCUUUGGAUGUACAUUUGCUGUUUGUCAUGUGA